GCGGGAAGCCUUAACCAAUCAUCGUCUGUAGUUCGAGGGAACUGUAUUUGACCAAGCUAUUUAUUGUAUCCUCCCCAGUUCUUGGUGCGUGUCUGUCUCACCGACGAGUGUGUGGCGCAGCACGAGCAGAAAUAGUCGGCAGGAUGUCCAAAGAGGGCCAACCACGUGAGCCAGAACAGCUGCGGAAGCUCUUCAUUGGAGGGCUCAGCUUUGAAACCACAGACGAUAGUUUGCGGGAGCAUUUUGAACAAUGGGGCGCCUUAACGGAUUGUGUGGUGAUGAAAGACCCAAACACCAAACGCUCCAGGGGCUUUGGGUUCGUCACCUAUUCCAACGUGACUGAAGUUGAUGCCGCUAUGGAUGCACGGCCCCACAAGGUUGACGGCAGGCUCGUGGAACCCAAACGAGCCGUGUCUCGAGAGGAUUCCAACAAGCCGUUUGCUCACACAACUGUGAAGAAGAUAUUUGUGGGUGGUAUUAAAGAUGACACCGAGGAGAACCAUCUUCGUGAUUACUUCAAACAUUUUGGCAAAAUUGAGGCCAUUGAGAUAAUGGUUGACCACAAGACCGGAAACAAAAGAGGCUUUGCUUUUGUUACGUUCGAUGACCAUGAUUCCGUUGAUCGCAUCGUCAUUCAAAAAUACCACACUGUGAAUGGACACAACUGUGAAGUCAGAAAAGCUCUGUCUAAACAAGAGAUGCAAAACACUAGCAUGAACAUGAGAGGCCGUGGAGGUGGUGGUGGAGGAGGAGGUGGAAACUUCAACAGAUAUGGCAACAAUGGCGGCUACAACAAUGACUUUGGAAGUGGUGGCGGUGGCGGCAACCGAGAUGGUUAUUUUGGAAGAGGAGGCAGAGCUGGUGGCAGUGGCGGUUAUGGAGGUGACAACUACAACAAUGGAUUUGGUGGUGGAGGAGAUGGUAAUUAUGGUGGCGGCCCUGGUAACUAUGGUGGAAACCGUGGAUAUGGAGGAGGUGGCGGUGGAGGAGGUUAUGGCAACCAGGGUGGUGGUUAUGGUGGUGGUGGCGGCAACAGCAGCGGUGGUGGCUAUAAUGACAAUUACAACAACGGCAAUGGAAACUUUGGAGGUGGCAACUUUGGAGGUGGUGGUGGCGGCGGAGGUGGUAACUACAAUGACUUUGGCAACUAUAGCAACCAGCAGUCCAGCUAUGGUCCCAUGAAAGGGAACUUUGGAGGUGGCGGAGGCGGUGGAAGAAACAGUGGCCCAUAUGGUGGUGGCUAUGGCAGUGGAUCUGGUGGUGGAUAUGGAAGCAGCUCUGGUGGUAGACGGUUUUGAGCUCAAAGGACUGAGUGCUUUAGGAGAGGAGAGCAAGAGAAGUGACAGGGCAGAUGCAGGUUUACAUCCCUAGAUCUGCUCAGCAAAACAGGCCUGGCAGAUUAACAGCUGCCACCAGAAGAAGUGUACAGUAGCGCUAUCAUGUGUGGGACAUCAUGAUUUUGUCAUCAUGCAGACUUAUUUUAUAUUGUCUAUGGGGGAAAAGCAUUCCAAUGAGGUUUUAUGUAGAACUACUUUCAGUCUUUAUGGUUUUGAUUAUGUAACCAAUCAAGGUGAAAUAAAACAUCCUUUCUGUUUUUUUUUUAAAA